UCCCGUUGCAUCCGUAGUUUUCUCCAACAUCUCUCGUCUCUCGUUCACUGCAGUUCUCCGUAAUUGAAACCCUCUUGUUGAUACUCCAAGGCGUUUGUUUUCUUCCCCUUGGCCUCCAUCAUGUUGCUCUUCCCGGUUGCCUUGGCCUUAUUGCUCGCCUGGGGCCAGUCCACAGUGUAUGGUGACAAGACCAUUACAUGCUAUGGCUACGGGGGGCUCGCAUAUCCAAACAACACACGCUGCCCUGGCUCCAAUGCUUGCUGCGGUGUUGAUGCGACGUGUUUGUCAAAUCGGCUGUGUCACAAGCCCAACGACGGCGCCAGUACAUUUUUGAGAGGCCCUUGUGCCAUCGACCCAUACGAUUCGGGCACAUGCGCGCAAAUCUGUCUCUAUAAUGAGACCACCGGCAUUCUCCCUCGCGUAAACGCCUGCUCCGACGGAUCUCUUUGCUGCGACGACGAUAGCCACUGCUGUGACAACGGGAAGGGCAUUUUCCUCGACAACGACGGCCAGGUAGCAGACAGCGCCCCAAGCACAACCUACUCGUACGGUCCAGAACGUACGGCGGCCACUUUCCGAACGAAAGAGGAGACCACUACCAGCUCGACAACUGUUGCUACCAGCUCGACGACUGUUGCUACCAGCUCAACUGUUGCCACCACAUCUGCGAGUGAAUCGACUACAACCGCAUCAGUUGCGACUUCAACUUCAUCCUCAGCAGCAGAAGAGUCAAGCAGCGCAGGUGAUGCCAACAACACCUCAAGUCUAGCAAUCGGUCUAGGUGUUGGGAUUCCUGUAGCUGCCGUCGCCGCCGGCUUGUUAGGUGCUUGGUUUUGGUGGAGAAAUCGAAAGGCCAAGAAAGCCGCAGCCGAUGAGAUGGAAGUGCAAUUUGCAAGAGAAGUCGCACAGCGUCAGUUUCAGUGGCCUGAGAGUGGAUAUCAACACACUGGGAGUUACGAGUUGCCACCCAGGAGCCCAGUUGAGUUAGAUGGAGCGAGUAAAAGGUAGCAAGGUCGAUGUAUCUAGUUCUUUGGGUUUCUCGACCCCGUUCAAUAUCAUCAGUAUAUAGCCCCCAAAUAAGUCAAAUAAACACAGUAAUAUGAAUAAUGGAUCUUGGAAAAUAGUAUUCAGGUUAAUAGAGUUAUUACACAU